CGGGCGGCCGCCUGCGAGUGCCAGUCCCUGAGGAGCCAGCCAGCCAGCCCGUCGGCCAGGAGACACGAGGCGCAGCGAGGGAGCCGCCCGCGCCGUCGGCAUGGGCCCUCCGAGGCCCGCGCUCCUGCUGCUGCUGCUGCUGCUGCUGGGGGCCGCCCGCGCCUGGGCGCAAGAUGAGGUGCUGGAGAAUGUCAGCCCCAGCUGCCCAAAGGGUGCAUCUCGAUUCAAGCACCUCAGGAAGUAUGUAUACAGCUAUGAGGCUGAGAGUUCCACUGGGGUCCCUGAGACCCCUGAUUCAAGGAGUGCCACCAGGAUCAACUGCAAGGUUGAGCUGGAGGUCCCCCAACUCUGCAGCUUCAUCCUCAGGACAAGCCAGUGUACCCUGAAGGAGGGGUAUGGCUUCAACCCCAAGGGCAGGCCCUCAGUGCAUAAGACCAAGAACUCUGACGAGUUUGCUGCUGCCAUGUCCAAGUACGAGCUCAGGCUGGCCAUCCCUGAAGGGAAGCAAGUUUUACUUUACCCAGAGAAAGAAGAGCCUAAACAUAUCCUGAACAUCAAGAGGGGCAUCAUUUCUGCCCUCCUGGUUCCCCUGGAGACAGAAGCGGAUAAACAAGAGUUGUUUCUGGAUACUGUGCAUGGAAACUGUUCCAGUGACUUAACUGUUAAAACAAGGAAGGCAAAUGUGGCAACAGGAAUAGCCAUUGAAAGGAACCUGGAGAAGUGUGAUCACUUCAAGCCCAUUAGCACAGGAGUCAGCCCACUUGCUUUGAUCAAAGGCAUGUUCCACCCCUUGUCAGCUCUGAUUAGCAGUAAUCAGUCCUGCCUGUACACUCUGGACCCAAAGAAGAAGCAUGUGUCAGAAGCCAUCUGCAAGGAGCAACACCUGUUCCUGCCUUUCUCCUCCAAGAAUAAGUAUGGGAUGAUGACACAAGUUACACAGACUUUGAAACUUGAAGACACACCUAAGAUCAACAGCCGCUUCUUUAAUGAAGGUGCUGAGGAGGUGGGUCUUGCCUUUGAGAGCACCAAAUCCACAUUACCUCCAAAGCAGGCUGAGGCCAUUGUGAAGACUCUCCAGGAGCUGCAAACAUUGCAUGUCUCUGAAAAGAAUGCCCAGAGAGCUAACCUCUUCAACAAACUGGUUACUGAGCUGAGAAGUCUCAACGAUGAGGCAUUCACAUCCCUCUUGCCAAAGCUGACCGAGGUGUCCAGCCCCAUCACCUUACAAGCCUUGAUUCAGUGUGGACAGCCCCAGUGUUACACUCACAUCCUCCAGUGGCUGAGAAGUGAGAAGGCCAACCCCCUCCUGAUAGAUGCUGUGACUUACCUGGUGGCCCUGAUGCCAGAGCCCUCAGCCGAGAGGCUGCAGGAAAUCUUCAGCACAGCAAAGGAGCAGCAGAGCUGGGCCACCUUAUACGCUCUGAGUCACGUGGUCAACAACUAUCAUAAGGCAAACCCUGUGGUGACCCAGGACCUGCUGGAUAUUGCUGAUUACCUGUUGGAACAGAUUCGCGAUGACUGCACUGGGAACAAAGAUCACACCUACUUGAUUCUGAGGGUCAUUGGAAAUAUUGGAAGAACCAUGGAGACAGUAACCCCAAGAUUUACGUCUUCAAUCCUGAAAUGUAUCAAAAGUACAGAGCCAUCCCUGAUGAUUCAGAAGGCCGCCAUCCAGGCACUGCGGAAAAUGGAACUUAAAGAUGAGGUCCGGGAAGUUCUUCUUCAGGUUUUCCUCAAUGAUGCCUCUUCAGGGGAUAAGCGACUGGCUGCCUAUCUCAUGCUGAUGAGGGACCCUUCCCAGUCAGAUAUUAACGAAAUCAUCCAGCUUCUUCCAUGGGAACAGAAUGAGCAAGUAAAGAACUUUGUGGCUUCCCACAUCGCCAACAUCUUAAACUCAGAAGAAUUGUAUAUCAAAAACUUGAAAAAGUUAGUGGAAGAAGCUCUGAAAGGAUCUCAACUCCCAACCAUCAUGGACUUCUCAAAAUUUUCCCGGAACUAUCAGUUUUCCAAAUCUGUUUCCCUUCCAUCGUUUGACCCUGUUUCAGUCAAAAUCGAGGGAAAUCUUAUAUUUGAUCCAAAUAAUUACCUUCCUAAAGAAAGCAUGCUGAAAACAACCCUCACUGUCUUUGGAUUUGCUCCAGCGGACCUCUUUGAGAUUGGUUUGGAAGGGAAAGGUUUUGAGCCAACAUUGGAAGCUCUUUUUGGAAAGCAAGGAUUUUUCCCAGACAGUGUCAACAAGGCUUUGUACUGGGUUGAUGACCAAGCUCCUGAUCAUGUCUCCAAGAUCUUGGUGGACCACUUCGGCUACACCAAAGAUGAUAAACGUGAGCAGGACAUGGUCAAUGGAAUUAUGCUCAAUGUUGAGAAGCUGAUCAAAGAUUUAAAAUCCAGAGAAUUCCCAGAAGCCAGAGCCUACCUCCGCAUCCUGGGAGAGGAGCUUGGCCUUGUCAGGCUCCAUGACCUCCAGCUCCUGGGAAGGCUGCUGCUGAAUGGUGUUCACACUCUUCCUGGUAUCCCCCAGAUGAUUGGAGAGGCCAUCAGGAAAGGCUCAAUGAAUGACUUGUUUCUUCACUACAUCUUCAUGGACAACGCCUUUGAACUCCCCACUGGACUUGGGCUACAACUGCAAGUCUCCUCCUCUGGAGUCAUCACUCCUGGAAUCAAGGCCGGAAUGAAGCUUGCAAUAGCCAAUUUGCAGACAGAGCUGGUGACAAAGCCCUCUGUGUCCGUGGAGUUUGUGACAAACAUGGGCAUCAUCAUCCCAGACUUUUCAAGGACUGGGAUCCAAAUGAACACCAAUUUCUUCCAUGAGACGGGCCUGGAGAUGAAAGUUGCCUUGAAAACUAAGCAGCUGAAGUUCAUCAUUCCUUCUCCAACGAGACCAGUCAAGCUGCUCAGUGGCAGUAACACAUUGCAUUUCCUCUCCACCACCAAGACCGAAGUGGCUCCACCUAUCAACGAGAACAGGCAGUCCUGGUCGGCUUGCAAGCCUCUCUUUACUGGCCUGGACUACUGUACGUCAGGCGCUUACUCCACCACCGUCUCCCCAGAAUCUGCCUCCUACUAUCCGCUGACCAGGGACACCAGAUUUGAACUGGAACUGAAGCCCACAGGAGAAGUAGACCAGUAUUCUGCCAGUAUAACCCACGAACUGCAGAGAGAGGCUGGAGACCCGGUGGACAUACUAACCUUUGUAACUCAGACAGAAGAAUGUAAGCUCCACGAGGGCAAGGACUCCCCAGUGCCAAGAGCGGUGCCAAACACGCGACAGGCAAGCAAUAAAUAUUUGCAGAGUGAACAAAUGUGUGCGAAGCACACUGAGGCUACUAUGAUGUUCAAAUAUAACCACCAGACUAGGACUUUGUCCAGUGAAAUCCAAAUUCCAGAUUUGGACGUUGACGUUGGGACAAUCCUCAGAGUUAGUGAUGAAUCUACUAUGGAAAAAAAGUCUUACAAGCUCACUUUGGACGUUCAGAACAAGAAAAUCACUGAGGUCACUCUCACUGGCCACAUAAGCUAUGACGGAAGGGAAGAAGGCAAAAUCAAAGGUGUUAUUUCCAUACCCCGUCUGCAAGCAGAAGUCAGGAGUGAAAUCCUCACCCAGUGGUUUCCCACAAAACUACUCCUCCUAAUGGACUCAUCCGCUACAGCUUAUGGCUCAACAGUUUCCAAGAAGCUAGUAUGGCUUUAUGAUGAAGAGAAGAUUGAAUUUGAAUGGAACACAGGCACCAACGUGGAUACCAAAAAAGCGGCUUCUAAUUUCCCUGUGGACUUCUCUGAUUAUCCUAAAAGCUUGCAUAUGUAUGCCAAUAGUCUCUUGGAUCACAGAGUUCCUCAAACAGACAUGACUUUCCGACACAUGGGUUCCAAAUUAAUAGUUGCAACAAAUACAUGGCUUCAGAAGGCAUCUAAGAGUCUUCCUUUUGCCCAGAAUUUGCAAGAUCACCUCAGUGGCCUAAAAGAAUUGUACCUCCAGAAAAUGGGAUUGCCAGACUUUCACAUGCCACAAAACCUCUUCUUGAAAAGUGAUGGCCGGGUCAAAUACACGUUGAACAAGAACAUUGUGAAAAUUGAGAUUCCUUUGCCUUUUGGUGGAAAAUCCUCCAAAGAUCUAAUGAUGUUAGAGACUAUUCGGACACCAGACCUCAACUUCAAGUCCAUGAGAUUCCACCUGCCGCCUCGGGAAUUCCAAAUCCCCACCUUUACCAUUCCCAAGUUGUAUCAACUGCGAGUGCCUCUCUUGGGUGUUCUAGACCUCUCUACAAAUAUCUACAGCAAUUUGUACAACUGGUCCGCCUCCUACACUGGCGGCAACACCAGUACCAACCACUUAAGGCUUCAGGCUCGGUACCACAUGAAGGCUGACUCUGUGGUUGACUUGCUGUCCUACAGUGUGCAAGGAUCUGGAGAAACAACCUAUGACCACAGGAAUACGUUCACAUUAUCAUGUGAUGGGUAUCUACGCCACAAAUUACUGGAUUCAAAUAUGAAAUUCAGUCAUGUGGAAAAAAUUAGAAAUAAUCCAGCCUCAAAAAGUUUGCUAACAUUUGAUGCUUCUAGUGCCUGGGGACCUCAGAUAUCUGCUUCAGUACAUUUGGACUCAAAAAAGAAACAUCAUUUGUAUGUCAAGGAAGCCAAGAUUGAUGGGCAGUUUAGAGUCUCUUCAUUCUAUGCUAAAGGCACAUAUGGCCUGUCUUACCAGAGGGAUUCUACCACUGACCAGUUAAGUGGAGAGUCCAACCUGAGGUUUAACUCCUCCUACCUCCAGGGCACCAAUCACAUAACAGGAAGAUAUGAGGAUGGAACUGUCUCCUUAACCUCCACCUCGGAUCUACAAGAUGGCAUCAUUAAAAAUACUGCUUUCCUGAGAUAUGAGAACUAUGAGCUGACCCUGAAAUCAGACACCAAUGGGAAGCAUGAGGAUUUUGCCACUUCUAACAAACUGGAUAUGACCUUCUCUAAGCAAAAUGCAUUGCUGCGUUCUGAGUAUCAGGCUGAUUACAAGUCAUUGAGAUUCUUCACCCUGCUUUCUGGAUCACUAAAUUCCCAUGGCCUUGAAUUAAAUGCUGAUAUUUUGGGCACUGACAAAAUUAAUAGUGGUGCUCACAAAGCAACACUAAGGAUUGGCCAAGAUGGAAUGUCUACCAGUGCAACUACCAACUUGAAGUAUAGCCCUCUGGUGCUGGAGAAUGAGCUGAAUGCGGCGCUGGGCCUCUCGGGAGCAUCUCUGAGAUUAACAGCGAAUGGCCGCUUCAGGGAACACCAUGCAAAAUUCAGUCUGGAUGGAAAAGCUGCCCUCACAGAAGUAUCAUUGGGAAGUGCUUAUCAGGCCAUGAUUUUGGGCAUCGACAGCAAAAAUGUUUUCAACUUCAAAAUCAGUCGGGAGGGCCUGAAGCUUUCAAAUGACAUGAUGGGAUCUUAUGCUGAGAUGAAGCUCGACUACACGAACAACCUGAAUAUUGCAGGGUUAUCACUGGACUUCUCUUCAAAACUUGACAACAUUUACAGCUCUGACAAGUUUUAUAAGCAAAAUGUUAAUAUACAGCUACAGCCCUAUUCUCUUGUAACUACUAUAAACAAUGACCUGAAAUUCAAUGCUCUGGAUCUGACCAACAGUGGGAAAUUACGGCUAGAACCCCUGAAGCUGAAUGUGGGUGGGAACAUAAAAGGAGUCUACCAAAACAACGAAAUAAAACACAUCUACACCAUUUCUUACGCUGACUUAUCAGCAAGUUAUAAAGCAGACACUGUAGCUAAAGUUCAGGAUACAGAGUUCAGCCAUCGGCUUAACACAAACAUCGCCGGUCUGGCUUCAGCCAUUGACAUCAGUACAAACUACAACUCAGACUCACUCCAUUUCAGCAACGUUGUUCACUCGGCCAUGGCCCCAUUUACAAUGACCAUCGAUGCACAUACAAAUGGCAAUGGGAAACUGAGUCUCUGGGGAGAGCAUACUGGGCAGGUGUAUAGCAAAUUCCUGUUGAAAGCAGAACCUCUGGCCCUUACCUUCUCUCAUGAUUACAAAGGAUCCACAAGCCACCAUCUCCCAUUGAAGAGCAGUAUCAGUACUGCUCUUGAUCACAAAGUCAGUGCCCUGCUUACUCCGGCUGAACAGACAGGCACCUGGAAACUCAAGACCCAGCUGAACAAAAAUGAAUACAGCCAGGACUUCGAUGCUUACAAUAAUAAAGACAAAGUUGGUGUAGAGCUUAGAGGACAAGCCCUGGCUGACCUCACCAUGCUAGACUUCUCGAUUCAAGUGCCAUUUUUACUCCGUGAACACACCAACAUAAUUGACACUUUAGGGAUGAGGGAUGCUAUUGCCCAGCCCCAAGAAUUCAGUGUUGUUGCUUCUGUAAAAUAUGAUAAGAAUCAAAAUGUCCACACCAUCAACCUCCCAUUCUUUGAAAUCCUGCCAGAAUAUUUUGAGGAGAAACGAAUGGUGAUUAUAACAGCACUGGAAACCAUACAGAGAGAACUGAAACUCAUCAAUGUUGAUCAGUUUGUGAAGAAAUACAGAACAGCCUUGGACAAGCUCCCACAGCAAGUCGAUGGUUAUCUGAAUGCACUCAAUUGGGAGAGACAAGUUUUGAGUGCCAAGGAGAAACUAACUGCUCUCACAGAGAAUUAUAGAAUUACAGAAAAUGAUCUACAAAUCGCAUUGGACAAUACCAAAAUCACCCUUAAUGACAAACUGUCUCAACUAAAAACAUAUGUGAUACAAUUUGAUCAGUAUAUUAAUGAUAAUUAUGAUUUACAUGAUUUUAAAAGAGCUAUUGCUAAAAUUAUUGAUCAAAUCAUUGAAAAACUGAAAAUUCUUGAUGAACAUUUUCAUAUCCAUGUAAAUUUAGUAAAAACAAUCCAUGAUGUGUGUUUGUUUAUUGAAAAGACUGAUUUUAACAGAAUUGGAAGUAGUACUGCAUUUUGGAUUCAAAAUGUGGACACUAAGUAUAAAAUCAAAAUCCAGAUACAAGAGAAAUUGCAACAGCUCAAGACACAGAUUCAGAAUAUAGACAUCCAGCACCUAGCUGAACAGUUAAAACAACAGGUCGAGGCUAUGGAUGUCAGAGUUCUUUUACAUUGGUUGAGAAUUACAAUUGAGCAUGUCAAAUACUAUAUUAUAAAUCUUAUGGAAGAUUUUGAAGUAGAUGAGAAAAUCAAUGCGCUUGGAGCCAUGUCCCAUCAGUUAAUUAGGAUGUAUGAAAUAGACCAACACAUCCAGGUUUUAAUGGAUAAAUCAGUACAGUUGGCCCACCAAUAUAAGUUGAAGGAGACUGUUCAAAAGCUAAGCAAUGUCCUACAACAAGUUCAGAUAAAAGAUUACUUUGAGAAAUUGGUUACAUUUAUUGAUAAUGCUAUCAAGCAACUUAAAGCAUUGUCUUUUAAAAAAAUCAUUGGACAAGUAAACAGAUUCCUUGACAUGUUGGUAAAGAGAUUAAGGUCAUUUGAUUACCACCAGUUUGUAGAUGAAAUCAAUAACAAAGUCCGUGAGGUGACCCAGAGACUCAAUGGUGAAAUCCAGGCCCUGGAACUUUCACAGAAAGCUAAAGCGCUGACACUGUUUGUAGAGGACAUCAAGGCCACGGUCUUAAUCCAUCUGGAACACCUAAAGGGCACCCAAAUAAACCUAUUCUUCGAUUGGUUGCAGGAGGCUUUAAAUUCAACACCUUUAAUCUACAUGAGAGAAAAAUUCCAAGAGACCCUAGAAGAUAUACGAGACCGGGUGUAUCAAAUGGACAUUCAGUGGGAAGUUCAACGGUACCUGUCCCUGGUCGGUCAGGUUUACAGCACACUUGUCACUUAUAUUUCUGACUGGUGGAGUCUCACCGCUAAGAACCUCACUGACUUUGCAGAACAGCAUUCUAUCCAAGACUGGGCUGAGAACCUGAAAGUCUUGGUAGAACAAGGGUUCGUUGUUCCUGAAAUCCAGACCACCUUCGGAACCAUGCCUGCGUUUGAAGUCAGUCUCCGUGCUCUUCAGGAAGCUACAUUUCACACUCCAGACUUCAUAGUCCCCCUGACAGAUCUGAAGGUUCCGUCAGUUCAGAUCAAUUUCAAAAGGUUGAAAGAUAUAGAGAUGCCAUCCAAGUUUGCCACACCAGAAUUUACUGUCCUUAAUACCUUCCACGUGCCUUCCUUUACAAUUGACUUGGUAGAAAUAAAAGCAAAGAUCAUCAGAACCAUUGACCAAAUGCUGCACGGUGAGCUGCAGUGGCCAGUUCUGGAAGUGGACCUGAGGGACCUGAUGGAGGUAGACACCAUUCUUGCUAGCCUCACUCUGCCAGACUUCCAUUUGCCAGAAAUCACAAUUCCAGAAUUCAUACUCCCAAAUCUCGAUUUUAAAGAUUAUCAAGUUCCUGACCUUCACAUACCAGAAUUCCAGCUUCCCUGCAUGUCACCCACAGUUGAAGUCCCUACUUUUGGCAAGCUUCAUAGCAUUUUGAAAAUCCAGUCUCCCCUUUUCACAUUAGAUGCAAAUACUGACAUUCAGAAUGUAACUACUUCAGGGAACAGGGCAGAGAUCGCAGCUUCCGUCACCGCCAAAGGAGAGUCCAAAUUAGAAGUUCUCAAUUUUGAUUUUCAAGCCAACGCGCAGCUUUCAGGCCCUGAGAUUAAUCCACUGGUUAUGAAACAAUCCAUGAGGUUCUCCAGCAAGUACCUGAAAACAGAGCACGAGAGUGAAGUGCUAUUUUUUGGAAAUACUAUUGAGGGAAAAUCAAACACAGUGGCAGGUUUACACACAGAAAAAAAUACACUAGAGCUUAGUCAUGGUGUGCUCGUCAGGAUAAACAAUCAGCUUACCUUGGACAGCAACACAAAGUACUUCCACAAAUUGAACAUCCCCAAACUGGACUUUUCCAGCCAGGCUGAGCUGCGUAAUGAAAUCAAGACCCUGUUGGAAGCUGGACGCAUAGCAUGGAAUUCUUCUGGAAUAGGGUCAUGGAAAUGGGCCUGCCACACAUUCUCAGAUGAAGGAGCACAUGAAUCACAAGCUAGCUUUGCUAUAGAAGGACCCAUCGCUUCCUUUGGAUUGUCUAAUAAGAUCAACAGCAAACACCUAAGAUUAAGCCAAAACUUCAUUUAUGAAUCUGGAUUCCUCGACUUUUCUAAAUUUGAAAUCCAGUCACAGGUUGAAUCCCAACAUGUGGGGCGCAGUGUUCUAGCCGCUAAAGGCACAACACUGCUUGGAGAAAGGAAGGCAGAGAUAACUGGCAACCAUGAUGCUCAUUUAAAUGGAAAAGUUAUUGGAACUUUGAAAAAUUCUCUUUUCUUUACAGCACAGCCAUUUGAGAUUACUGUAUCCACGAACAAUGAAGGGAAUUUGAAAGUUAGUUUUCCAUUAAAAUUGAUAGGGAAGGUAGACUUCCUGAAUAAUUAUGCAUUGUUUUUGAGUCCUAGUGCCCAGCAAGCAAGUUGGCAAGCAGGUGCCAGGUUCAAUCAGUAUAAGUACCAUCAGAGUUUCUCUGCUGGAAACAAUGAGAAUAGCACUGAGGCCCACAUAGGAAUAAAUGGAGAAGCCAACCUGGAUUUCCUCAACAUUCCUUUGACAAUUCCUGAAAUGACUCUACCUUACACAAUGCUCACAACUCCCCAGGUGAAAGAUUUCUCCUUGUGGGAAAAAACAGGCUUGAAGGAUUUCUUGAAGACAACAAAGCAAUCAUUUGAUUUAAGUGUAAAGGCCCAGUAUAAGAAAAAUAAAGACAAGCAUAUCAUCCCAAUUCCUUUUUAUGCAAAAGAUUUCCAGGUAUUGAGUACCCCAAAUGAUAUUUACAUUCCAGCCAUGGGCAAUGUUACCUAUGACUUUUCUUUUAAAUCAGGCGUCAUCACCCUGAAUACCAAUGUUGGACUGUAUAACCAGUCAGAUAUUGUUGCUCACUUCCUAAGUUCCUCUUCUUCUGUUACUGAUGCACUGCAGUACAAAUUAGAGGGCACCUCAAGUCUGACAAGGAAAAGAGGCUUGAAGCUAGCCACAGCUUUGUCUCUGACUAAUAAAUUCGUGGAAGGCAAUCAUGACAAUACUAUUAGUUUGACCAAGAAAAACAUGGAGGCAUCAGUGACAACAUCUGCAAAAGUCCAAAUUCCCAUUUUGAGAAUGAAUUUCAAGCAAGAACUUAAUGGAAAUACCAAGUCGAAGCCUACUGUCUCUUCAUCCAUUGAAUUAACGUAUGAUCUCAAUUCCCCUGAACUGUACUCUACUGCCACAGGGACAGUCAAACACAAACUCAACUUAGAGAGCCUCACCUCUUACUUUUCCAUUGAGUCAUCUACCAAAGGGGAUAUCAAGGGUUCAGUACUUUCAAGGGAAUAUUCAGGAACUAUUGCCAGUGAGGCCAGCACUUACUUGAAUUCCAAGAGUACUCGGUCUUCAGUGAAGCUGCAAGGGGCUUCCAAAGUUGAUGGUAUCUGGAACCUUGAAGUAAGAGAAAAUAUUGCUGGAGAAGCCACUCUGCAACACAUCUAUACCAUCUGGGAACACAACACAAAAAACAAUUUACAGCUAGAGGGCUUCUUUUUAUCAUCUGGAGAGCAUACAAGCAAAGCCACUCUGGAACUCUCCCCAUGGAAAAUGUCAGCCCUUGUUCAGGUCCAUGCAAGUCAGCCCAGUUCCCUCCUUGAGAUCAAUUACCUUGGCCAGGAGUUGUCCCUGAAUGCUAACACUGAGAACCAGAAGGUUAGCUGGAAAAGUGAGGUCCAGGUUCAUUCUGAGUUCUUCCAGAACAACAUACAGCUUUCCAAUGACCAAGAAGAGGCACGCCUCGACAUUACAAGUUCCUUAAAACUGUCCCUAUGGUUCCUCAAAGAUAUUGUCCUUCCAGUUUAUGACAAGAGCUUAUGGGACCUCCUAAAGCUGGAUGUCACCACCAGCAUUGAUAGGAAACAGCAUCUUCAUGCUUCAACUGCCCUUGUGUACACCAAAAACCCCAAUGGCUAUCAUUUCUCUGUCCCUGUGCGAGAAUUGGCUGAUAAAUUCAUUAUUCCCAGACUGAAACUAAGUGAUUUAAAUUCAAGUUUUGUCAUACCUACAUUCCAAGUCCCAUUUACAGAUCUUCAGGUUCCAUCCUACACAUUUGAUUUCAGUGAAAUAAAAAUCUACAAGAAGCUAAGCACUUUGCCAUUUGCCCUCAAUAUACCAACACUACCCAAAGUGAAAUUCCCCGAAGUUGAUGUGUUAACAAAAUAUUCUGAACCAGAAGACUCCUCGGUUCCCUUUUUUGAGAUAACUGUGCCUGCAUCUCAGUUAACUGUGUCCCAAUUCACCCUUCCAAAAAGUAUUUCAGCUGGCAUUGCUAUUGGGUAUCUAAAUGAGGUGGCCGGCAAGAUUGCAGACUUUGAGUUGCCAGCCAUUACCAUACCUGAGCAGACUAUUGAGAUUCCUUCCCUUAAGUUCUCUGUACCUGCUGGAAUUUUUAUUCCAUCCUUUGGAGGACUGACUGCACAUUUUGGGGUGGCCUCUCCCCUGUAUAAUGCUACUUGGAGUGCUGGUUUGAAAAACAAAGUAGAAUACGUUGAAACAUUCCUGAAAUCCACGUGCAAUUCAACCAUUCAAUUCCUGGAAUAUGAUCUAAAUGUUGUGGGAACACACAAAAUUGAAGAUGGCAUGUUAGCCUGUAGGACGAAGGGAACAUUUGCACACCAUGACAUCAGUGCAGAAUAUAAAGAAGAUAGCAAAUAUCAAGGACUUCAGGACUGGAAAAAAGAGAUUCGCCUUGACAUCACCAGCCCAACAUUCACUGAUGUCCAUUUGCACCACCAACUAAGUAAGAAUAGCCUCUCCUCCUCUGUGGCCUCCCCAGCCAUAGGCACUGUAGCCUUGGACUUGGAAGACAGUAACAGUACCUUAAAAUGGAACCUGUACUAUCGCCCUCAGUCCUCUCUAGAUAAAAAACUCAACAUAUUCAAAACUGAGUGGAGGUACCAGGAAUCUGGUGAGAAACGUCAGAUCAAAGUCAGCUGGGAAGAGGAGGCAGCAUCUGAACUACUAAGCUCUCUCAAAUACAAUGUGCCCAAGGCCAUGAGGGCUCUUUAUGACUAUGCUAACAAGUACCACCAGGAGCACACAGGACUCGAUCUGAGAGAUGCUUCUUUAAAACUGAGAAAAAGUCUGCAGAACAGCGCUGAGUGGGCCUAUCAAGGCGCCAUGAGGCAGAUUGAUGAGGCAGACAUAGGGCUCCAGAAGGUAGCCAGAAGCACCACUAAAACCUACCAGCAGUGGAAGGACAAGGCCCAGGGUCUGUACCAGGAACUGUUAUUGGCUAAGGGAGACCAAGCUGAUUUCCAGGGACACCAGAAUGAGAUGUUUGACAGAUUAAUAGGAGUUACUCAGGAAUACAAAGUCAUAGUCAGUCAUCAGAUUGACUCGUUGACUGAUUUCCUGAAGUUAACCAGAUUCCAGGUCCCAGGAAAAGCCAGGACAUACACUAAAGAUGAAGUCUGCACUGUGGUCAUGAGGGAAGUAGGGCAGGUGCUGUCCCAGGUAUAUUCAAAAAUACAUAGUGGGUUAGAAAUAAUGUUUUCCUAUUUCCAAGACCUGAUAGAGAAAUCUGAAUUAAUCAAGGACCUAGAGAUUAAAAUUCCUUUUGAUUCACAGACCUUUAAACUAAUAGAUCUAACCUCGGAGUUUGGGAGACUGUUGAUACCUUUAUCACAAAAGCUACAGGAUAUAUUUAACAACCUUCAGUCUCUCAAGACUACAGAAAUGCUAAGAGAUCUUCAGAGCUAUUUACAAAGAAGUUUCCAAGAGCUAGAAGAAGAUAUUCAAUACUUAAAGGAGAUAAAAUUUCCUUAUCUCAUUGAUCACAUUCAAUACAAGAUCAACAGAAUCUUCAACAAAUAUAUUCCAUAUGUUUUUCAAUACCUGUACCUUAACAUUGGCAAGUUUAGUGAACUUGUUGAAAGCCAACUUCAGGAAGCUUCUCAACAGUUACAGCAGUACCAUCAAAUCAUAAAGGAUCUUCACAAAGACUAUGUUGAUACAAGUGUGGUCAGCUGGACAGCAAGGUUUUAUGAACUUGAAGAAAAGAUCAUCAGCUUGCUCAAGAACCUAGUGGAUGUCCUUAAGGACUUGCACUCCAAUUACACUGUCGGUACUACUAUGUUUGUUUCAAAGGUCUCAAGUCAAGUUGAGCAGUUUGUGCAGAAAGAUAUCCAGGAAUACCUUAGCAUCCUUACCGAUGCAGAUGGAAAAGGGAAGGAGAAGAUUGCAGAGCUUUCUACCAGUGCUCAGGAAAUAAUUAAAAGCUGGGCCAUUGCAAUGAAGGAAAUCAUUUCUGAUUACCGCCAGCAGUUCAGAUAUAAACUACAGGAUUUUUCAGACCAACUUUCUGAUUACUAUGAAAAAUUCAUUACUGAGUCCAAAAGAUUGAUUGACCUGUCCAUUCAAAAAUACCACAUGUUUCUGAGGUAUAUCACUGAAUUGCUGAAAGAGCUACAAUCGGCCACAGUCAAUAACAUGAUCCCCUACAUCAAGGUUUCUCCGGGAGAAUUUACUAUCACUUUCUAAUUGUUUAUAGCAAUCCUCAUUCAUUAUUCUGUUCCAAUUAAACUUUCAUAUAGUAGGGGAAAAUUCAAACUGUACGUGCUGAUAUAACCACACACUGAGCCAGCCUUAUGGCAAGCAGCUGACUCUAGGCAGAAGCACAUAUGACCUGGAUCUGUACUGAAGCUGGCAUCAGAUCUCUGACGGUCUCUCAACUCUGGGAAAUAACAUUUUUUUUGCAAGUUAAAGAAAAUCAGGAUCUGAGUUAUUUUACUAAACUUGAGGGAGAGAGAACAAAUAAAUGAAUUCUUUAUUGCAUAUUGUAGCAC